AUGAAAUCAAUCACCGCUCUGGCUUGCAUCUACCACACCAUAAAAGGCUCUCCCAACCCAACCCACCCGCACCCCUCCAAGUCGUCCCCUCGCCACCCGAUGCCCCACACCGGAUCCUGCCUCUGCGGGCUCACCGCAAUCGAGCUCUCCACGACCGAGAUAAGCCAGGUGUUGUGCCACUGCGUCGACUGCCGGCGCACAAGCGGGAGCGCAUUCAGCGGCAACAUCCUCGUGCCCAAGAAGGACGUGCGCAUCACCGGGCCGACCAAGGAGUACACCAGCAGGGCGCUCUCCGGCAACAUGGUGACGCGCGUGUUCUGCGGAACGUGCGGCAGCGCGAUCGCGCACCGCAACGAGCAGUUGUUCGGGGACACACAGGUCGUGCUGCAGACGGGGAAUCUGGAGGGAUUCGGGAAUGUACCCGUUGGGGUGGAAAUCUUUGUGAAGGAUCGCUGGGCGUCACUGCCGGCGGUAGACGGCGCGGUGCAGGUAGAGGGGAUGUUGGAGUUCUAGAUAUCUGGUUACGUUACGCCACUAGGAACGCAUAUGCCUGGAUCAGAUGACGAAAUCUCCUACCGAGGGGACGCGGGAUGAGCGCAACGGAGAUGAAUUCCUAUAGUAUUCCUUCAUCCGACAAUCGAGAUCUUGCCAAUAUGAUGAGCUCAUAAUUCC